GAUAUUAAGUACAUAUAACUUAUGAUUGCUGAAGAUAUUGACAGUCCUCCGCUCAAGAUUUGUUUUAAAUUUUUCGUGAUUUCCUCAGAUGCAAACAACUGCGAAUAAUUUAAAUCAGAACAUUUCAACUGUUUGAUACAGCUAGUUAGAAAAUGAGAUCUCCUAACAUUGUCACACUCCUGCUGUUCCUGGCUGUUGUUGUAAAUGGACGACAGAUUGCCAGUCACCACCUGGCAACGAAACAUGGGAACGAUAUCAGGGACAACAUGCUGACGCAAAAAAGAAUUUCUACCAUGUUACUCGGACAUAACCACAUGUUACUAAGACAUAGCCCCAUGUUACUAAGACAUAACCCCAUGUUACUAGGACAUAAACGAUUAGAGCGAGGAAUAUUUCAGAGCACAACAGGCCCAUACCACCAAUACAGACCACCAUUACUUUUAGCAUCAAGCGAGUGUGCCGCCAUCGAUAAGUGCUCAUGCACGAUGGACCUGACAAUCAACAGACCGAAAAUAGACUGCAAAUCGCAGAAACUACAGGAAAUCCCUAAGUUCAAACUGUUAAAUACCGUAUAUUUUGCAAUUGACUUGCAAUGGAACCUCAUAAAGUCAGUUCCAAAUAACAGUUUUGCAAACUUGAAAGUAAAUCGUAUUGACCUCCUUGAAAACAAAAUCCAGAACAUUGAUAUAGAUGCAUUUAAAGGAGUUGAAGAACUGCUGGAGGAACUGCUGAUUUCAGGAAACGACUUAUUAUCGAUACCAUUUAGUAGUAUAAUAAAACUGCGAUACCUGAGAAGACUAGCACUGAAACAUUUUACACAACAAACGCCCGUUGGCCUCAACUAUCUGAGUUUUUUCCCUCGAUUGGAAGCACUGGAGUUUAGCGACAUUAACAAGCUCCAAGUAAAUGUCUCUGCAUCUGACGGUGUUUUACCAAAAUUGCAGCACUUAGAACUACGAAAUGUGUAUAUUCAAGAAAUUCCACUCGCAUCCUUGCAAUUUCUAACAAGUUUGCGAACCUUAUACAUACGUCACAAUGAUAUUCCUACAUUGUUAGGUCGCAGCUUUGAGAGGCUUACUAACCUGCGGGACCUCGAUCUGUCGUAUAACAAUAUCAAUUUAAUCAAUCGAGACUGCUUUCUUCAAGUAUCAAGAAGUCUGAAUAAACUUAACCUAGGCACAAAUAGCUUCACUUCGAGCUCUCUUGAGGCUCUCUCCAGUCAACAGUGGCCGAACCUGGAAACCCUCAUUCUGUCCUACAACAAUGGAUUGCGAACCAUGCCAGGCUCAGUGUUUCAAAACAUGCCCAUUCUGAGAUACUUGUACAUGACUGGAGUUGGAAUAACCACCGUAUCAGGCAGUCUUCUGUAUGGCUUACAAAGUCUCACGUCAUUGGACCUAAGUUAUAACAAUAUCGAAACAAUCCAGGAUAAUUCCUUUGCAGCAGUUGGGGAAAGCUUUGAACUGAAGCUUGACAAUCAGUUCCACUUUGAAAGUGGAAGCAAAGCAUUGACAGUUUCACCAAAUUCUUUCUCUGGUUCACAAGAGAAGAUUUACUUUUUAAAUCUUGACAAUACUCCACUUGCUGUUUCUCAAUUUUGGAACACACUGAAAACCUUGACCACCAUAAAAGAAGUACUGUUACAGAAAACUGGCCUCACUGAUAUUCCUGAACUUGCUUUCGAAAACAACAAAGAUCUGAACAAGCUUGACAUUCGAGAAAACAGCAUUAAAUCUCUGAAGCUCAAAACCUUCAAGGGUCUGGAAGACUCUCUGAGUGAAAUAGAUAUAUCAGUAAAUAACCUUGACACCCUAAGUGAGUGCAUUUUCCAGAAUUUCACCAAGCUACAGGUAAUAAAUUUAAGAGCGAAUCCACUGCAUUGUGAUUGCCGACUUGUUUGGCUUCAUCAACACUUGAAUAAAGAAGUCAAUUUUGACAACAUUUACAGGGAAGAAGUCAUGUGUGCUAGCCCAGCUCAUUUAGCUAACAAAGUUCUCUACCAAGUUCCAUUAAACGACCUCAAAUGUGAAAAUCUGACCCCUGUUUCCUGUUCAGAAACUGGAAAACCAACCACUGCAAGUCCAACUACCAUUGGUCCAGUAGACAACCAAUUGAAACUUUCUAUCCCUAACACUUCGCCCAACUCAAUUACAGUUUACUGGAGUGUCAGGAGUAUGUCUGGCAUCACUGGAUACAAGCUGGAGUAUUUCGUACCAUCAGAUGUUCACCAGACCAACGAGGUAAAUAUACACAGAGAUGUGACCCUGCAUGUAAUACACAAGCUGCGUUCUGGGACAUUCUACACUGUUUGUGUAACAGGGGAAGUUAACCAGGCUGAAAAUGCAAAGCUUCGAGAUUGCCGCACAAUAAAAACUGAAGAUGACGCCAAUAAAUCUUCAGGUCAAAACGGAAACAUCGAUAAUGAUGAACUAGGGAAGAGCAGGCAGAUAAUGAUUGGUGCAAUCAUCGCAUCAGUAGCUAUCAUUGUUUUGAUAGCUGUUGGUGUCUGUGCGGUGAUCAAGUACAGAUACAAGGCCAAGAGGAUGACUGAGCUUCUUGCUCUCACAUCUCCGGUAAGACAACAGCCCCAUGUGUGUGGUUCGCGAGAGGACAUGGCAAAUUUUCCUUACCCUGCACAAAAUGACUACACAGAGAUAAACCCUGCCCAGCUUGCCCAUUACCUUGCAGGAAGUCGGAGUCCAAGGAACCUGCAGCGCCAGUUUGGGUUUGAAAGCCUGCAGGAUGACAGUCCCUACAAUACAAUGAACUCUUGCCAGCGGAUGAGAUUCCGGCGGAAAAACCCGUACGAAAAUGAUGACGAGGAGUAUGUGGCAGAAACAGAAACACAAGAAGAAUCAGAUGAAGAAACUCCACAGAUAGAUGAAGGUGUAUGCUUCAGCAACAGUGAGGAAAUACUGUUCAAAACAGAUCUAGCUGAGCGCCAUUCAGCUCCGUCCAGACUGGAUGGGAAAUCAGACAGAAACUCUCGUCCCUUGCCUGCCACGCCAGCUGAACAAGGCAAAACUGUACCUGCUAAAGACAAGAGGAGAAGCAAUACAAUGCAACAAAAGAAGGGCAAGAAGAAGAGGAAUGAAAAGACAAAUGAAAAUAUUUCCACAGUGUCAAAGGACAACCAAAAUUGAAUUUGAACAUUUGCUUUAUUGUUAUUGAUAACAUUCUGUGAUGUACUGACAUUAUUAUAGUAUUUAAGUCUCUACUACUGAUGAAGUUCUUGAUAAAUAAUGUGUUAAAUAACUGAUAUAUAUAAUAAACCAUUAAUGUUC